GCUUCGGUGCCCUCAUGAUAAGAAGCUCCAGUCAAAUCUGUCAAGCUUCUAAGGUUAGGGAGGGUUCGUCCCAUCGGGUCAGAGGCAAGAGGCAGAGGUGGGGUUCGAGAGCGGCAACUAAUUUCAAGGUUCAGCCUCACUAAGUUGACUACUCGGCGACGUUGCUAAUUCCAACUUCCACCUUCCAACUUCCUAAUCGCAACACUUUGUUGUCUUUGUCGACUUCCACUCCUAAUCAAGCCUUGCGCCUUUUCAUUCAACUCUUCUUUCUCGCCCAUGUCCGACAUCAUUCCAGGACUUUUUACCUCUACCACUUACGAAUGACGACAUACUGUAAUUGCAUCUUAUCGUCCUCUAAUACCAAAUCAUGAACCUGCCAUCGAUACCCCCUUGUUUGGACGCAUGCGACAGAUCGAAUCGCAAUAGAAUACCACUCCUUCACACGCCCGCUCCAGCAUCAGCAACAACAUGUCUCAUCCACGAACAGGCACUCGAAAGUUCUUUCACUAUCUUUACAACACCGUCUAUGUCCUGCUAUGUCUGCUCCUUACCGCCUUGAUCCUCAUUACACCCGGUGACGCAAUCCGACAGACCUACUUCGACACCUUACAAUAUACAAACAUUAUCAUAAUAGCAAUUGCCUACUUGGUCGCAGUCUCCAUUGUCCUCUUCAUAUACUCCCUCCGACUCUAUGUUACGCGCACCGUGUUGGCCAGUAUACCCAAGAGCCGCAUCCCUGUCGACAAAGGCGAUGUCAAGAAGAGCGUGCGUGAGAUCAUUGAAAACGACCUCGGGCGAAGCGCCGCCAUCGCAUGGCAGGCGAGGCCCAAGGUCGGCGCAUCUGCUCCGGAAGCACAAUCUAACGCCUUGUCCGUCGUCGCCGAGGAAGACGCAGACGCGAGUGCACCAGGAGCAUCGACGGAUGAAGAGAAGGGUCCAAGUGCUUUAUCCAGUUGGUCGAAGCCGAAGAAAGGCGCGAACCUGGAGCGUCAGAUGGGAAUCUCGCUUCCGCCAACGAAACCGGUGUGGGGAGUGAUUGAGCACCCAGGUUGGGGCAGCCCGGAGUCGCCUGAUCUGGCCAACAUCCAGUACAGUGCCGUCUUGGCGGAGCUGCCGAACUUGAUAGAGGGUAAAGCCAUGUCCCUGGCGCCUGCUCUGCCUGAAGCGCCGGAUGACCCCACUCUAUUGGACCCCGAGGCUGUCGCUGUGCUGCAGAGGACAGGCAACAUGGGUAUGCGCACUUACGUGGGUCGUUUGGUGGAUCUGGGCGUCCUCGAAUUAUCCAGGGACGUCGCAGAAUUUCUGGAUGUAUACGAAAGGGCACGCUUCUCGACCAAACCGAUGCCCGUCACCAUGUUUAGGCGAUUGAUGCAUUUGUUCGCAGAACUGUUGCGCUCUGCAAAGCCGCUCACGCGUGAUGUAUUGGAGACCAUGCGCGACAUGGACGAAAUGUACUCCGAGAGCGAGGGCGGGAGUAGCAUCGACCAAGACAGUCUACGGCGAACUGGUAAUGUUCAUCAAGCGGAUAUCGACGAUGAUGCGCCUCAAAAUACCACUCCGACGACGCCGGCGCGUAGCGUGCGCACCGUCGACACUGGUCUGAGUCUGAAUACGGCAAGUAGUAUACAUUCGCGCCAUGGCCGACUGCGACCUAGCAUGACCGCGAGAAACUCAUCCGGUGGCAAUACGUGGACUCAAUACGGGACGGCACCCACUACACCGAAGAGCAGGGCAGGUCGAAGCAGCAGAAAUCAGCGCAUGAGAAGCAGCUCGAAGGAUGGCAGCACCAGAAGUGGGAGCAGCGGAGGCAACUUUGCGCAGACACGGAGGCCGUUCAUGGGUGGGAGUCUGGGCAGUAGUAGCAGUCAGGGUAGCCUGAGGUCAGCUAGCCAGGCGAGCGAGGGUAGCGUCAUCCGGCUUGCGAGGCACGAUGAGGAUGGGCUGCCAUAUGUGUUGAGGGUAUCGCAUACGUUCUGAGGACAGACUUCUGAUCGAACUUGGUCUAUGGAUGUGAGAGGAAAAUUAUACAUCCCCUCAAUCGAAGAGAUGAUGGAUCCCUUUGAGCUUCUGGUGUGCGGACCUCUGAGCAUGUGCACGGCUCACUUGAGUAUACGUGACACUUGUGGGCAGUCAUUGAGAAAUGGCAUAACUUGGAGACAUGGAGACAUGCCUGUGUGCGGGAAUAACGAUCGAUUUUUGGCUGU